GUUGGCGUGGUUGAGAUAUUUUCCUCUUUCUUUUCAACAUGUGGACCUGUAUAGCUUGUGACAAAGUUCUUAAUAGUUUGCAACAGUACAAAGAACAUUUAAAUUCUAAAAAGCACAAAGAUAAAGAGGAACAAAAUGAAAACUCUCAGGCCAAGUCUGCACAGGGUUCUUUUUCUAAUACUUCAAGCAACUUAGAUGAGAGUGUGAUUCCAUUCAAUUUGGGCUUUAAAUGUCUUGCUUGUGAAAUAUAUCUUAACAGCCCUCAGCAAGCUGAACAACACAAGAGUGGUGAAAAGCACCAAAAAAUAAGAAGCAAAACAAGAGGUAAAGGUCAAAACUCAGCCAAUUCUUGUGCCCAAACCACUUUUUCAUCACAUACUACUUUCAAUGAAAUUCCGCCGUGCAGAGUAAAUGGUAUUUUGUGUUCUACUUUGAAUGAGUUAAAUGAUUGUUUAUUUCCCCCUAGUGUGGGCAUUAAAUGUAUUGGUUGUGGUACACAUCUUAAGAGCUCUCAGCAAGCUGAACAUUAUAAGACUUAUGAAAAGCAUAUAAAAAUGAGAAGUAAAACUGGUGAAAGAGACCACAUUUCUUCUAAAACUUCUAUUUUCAAUGAACUUCAGCAGUUCAAAGAUCACCCUUAUACAGAUACACACGGAGGUAAGUUAGAACAACAUGAAAACUUCCAGUUUAAUUCUAUACUGAAUGUUUUGUCUAAUACUUCUUUAAAUGAUUUAGAUGCGGAUAUAGUUCCAGUUGGUUCAGGAUUUAAAUGUCUUGCUUGUGAUAUCUAUCUUAAUAGCCUUCAGCAAGCUGAACAACAUAAAAGUGGUGAAAAGCACCAAAAAAUGAGAAGUAAAACAGGUGAUAAAGGUGCCCAAACCACUUGUAGUCCGGCGAAAUUCAAUAACGAAAAUAUCUUAGUAAAUGAUGAUCAUUUUCAAAACAUAAAAAUUGAAGACGUGUUGAAAGAAAUCAAAACAUUUAAAGUUGAUGAAGCUAUAUCUUUUGAAAAAUCAGUUGCAUAGCUGCAAUUUGAAGAGGUUAAUUUUGCAAUGUUCUAUUAAAAAUACAUAUUUUCCUUUAAACAUGUAUUUCGUCAAUUGUAUAUGCUAAAAUUUAUUCAUGUAUAGAUUUUUAGCUCUUACAUAAAGGAAUAUUUAUGUUAUAGAAGCCUUCAAAGUCCAAAGUCCAAGUUUCUUUAGUAAUUCUUCCAUUGGGGAGAAAAAUUAUUCUGGUACGUGUUGUCACUAUCAAAAUACAGUGCAUACACUGAAACAUAUUUCAUUAUUAUAUUGUAUUAUGAAUUUAAUUAUCUUACUUCAUUUAAUAAAUUGAACAAAGUAAGAAAAAUAAACAUUUCAAGUGCAACAAUAGCAAAAUAUUAAUGCAAUAAGUAGUAUUGUUUUUAAUGCCAUUUUCUCAAAACCAUGGUGCCUUUGGAAAGAGUUGUUUUUAGGGUAGGCGUUCAAAUCCAAAUGUCAUAGUGAAGACAAUUUGCCGAUUCUUAUUUUCUGAUGAUUAGACUUUUUUUUUUGGUUCAAAAAUUUUGGUAAAACUGAACCCUUACAACGAUUCUAUGCUUUCCUAGGGACGCAUGCCGCUCAGAUUGGAAGCCACUAAGUAAAUGAAAUGUUAUAUAGCUUAAUCAUUGAUAGUAGCAAUAUACCGGUCUCAUAAAUCUGCAGAAUUUGUCAUUCGUGAUAAAUCAAAAAAUUCUUAACCAAACAUUUUGCAUUUCUUCUGUGUAUUCUAUAACAAGUUGUGCUAGAAAGACUUUCUUCAUAGAAAAGGUGUCACAUGUUAGAAAAUGUUUAUAAUUUAUCAUUUUGUGUUUUUAAAAUUUUGUAAAGAUUCCUUUUUUAGUGCAAUUUUUAAAGUUUUCUAAAGAUGAUAUCGCUUUUUCAAAUCAAUGAGCUUCUGCUGUACUUAUAAAACACAAACUUUUAGUGUAACAUAUUCUUCCUUAAUGUUGUGUCUGUUCAUUUACCAUAAAAAAUUGCAUAUGGUUCUUUUUCAUGAAAUAAAUACUUAUUUAGAUAUGGUUCUCAUGCAAUGUUCUCAAACUUAUUUCGUAAAUUCUCUGUCAUGCAUAAUUUUCUUGUGCCUAUUGAUCCAUUCUUUUAUCGGUUUUGUUUACAUCACUUCAAUUACAGUAAAACAAGUAAUUUUCUUUAUUAUGUUUGAAAGAUGAGGCAUGAUUAAUGUUAUCAAGUCAUUUUAUUGAGUUCAAAUAUAUAAAUCCUUUUUAUUUUAGUUUAAAAUUCAGACAGAAUAGUACUAAAAAGAAACAACACUAUCGGUCUACUAAGAUCCCUUCCUUUUCCAAAUCAAUCUAAAAUAACUUGUUGAAAAAUUAAUGUACAGUAGAGUCUCGAAAGUUCGAGCUUCCGCCUAAUCCGAGGCGCUUCAUUAUUUUCAGUUAUAUUUUUUAGUAGCCAAAAAUUUGAUUUUCAUUAAAAUCUGAAAAUAGAAAUAUUUACAGCUGUAAAACUUAUUGACUUCAUUCAAUAAAUAAUACAAAUACAAUGAGAGGUUGAUUAUGAUGUUUUGGUUGCUUUGCACAUAUAUGCGUACAGAUAUAGAGAAAAAAAUUAAGUUAAAUUUUGUCUAAAAGCAAUUAAAAGAAAAAUUAUGGUUAAGUUUUAGUAAUAUUUUGUAGGCAAUUAGUACUUUUUCUUAUGCAAGGAAGUAAAAGGUGCUCCUCCUUAUAUUUUUUAAGUUGUGUAAAUUUAAAAGUGAAAAUUUUUCCAGAUAAUCAUAGUUUUCAGUAAUCCAAGGUGAAGUGAGCCCCAGUUACCUCGGAUUUUUGAAACUCCACUGCAAUACUAAUCAACUUUUAGACCACAUAGUAGAUGAUCAAAAUUUGUAUAACAUCACGAGGCUCCCUCCUCCCUCUUUUUUUUUUUUGGAUGGGGGCAUGUUUAUUACAAGAAUAAUAUCAGAGACAUCUUAUUUAAAUAAAUUAUUGAUAGAUUUUUAAAACUUACUUCAGUUUCAUUGUAAAUGUGUGGCUUAUGGCAUAUGUACAGCAUAACAAAGGUUUCCUGUGUGUUUUUUUAGGUGCUUUGAUGCAUUUUCCCUAUUUUGUAUUACAUAUUUACAUGUACCUGAACUUUUUUCAUGAUCUUUUACAACUUCAAAUGUGUAUUAAAAUCUAUGUAUUUAAUAUUAUGCUAAAUAUAAUUAAACAGUAUUUUGCU